AUAUUACCUACAAGAGUUCUAUCUCCGUAAGGAAACAGCUCGAAGUCCGACUUCAACGCGCAUACUUCCACUAUCCUCUUGUAGCGAUCUUCAUGGUACGGAGAUCCAAACAGUAUAUUAUUCCUGACUGUAUCGCAAAACAACCAUGGUUCUUGGGAGCAAAAGAAAUCUCUCCGACCACGUCUAUCCGUCCCGAUUUCCGAGGUAACUCAUUCAACAACAAGCUCAGUAUGCUGCUUUUUCCACUUCCCACUGGACCCACUAUCGCUACCAAUUGUCCUGGUGAUACCUCGAGGCUGAUGUUGUUCAACGUGUCUUCGGUAGAAUCACCCACCCAAGUGGCGUAUACUUUUUCAAGCACGAUCUUCGGAGAUAUCUUGCAACAGGAGCGUCCUUUAGACACUUGGCAUUUUCCUUUCGAAUGGGCAGGAGUACUGUUGCGAGCAUUAUAAAACAUAUGAUUAAAAUAUUAUGGAACAUGCUGCAACCACUUCACAUGCCAGAACCUACUACGGCAACAUUUUUAAAUGUAAGUGCAGACUUCAUGAAAGUAUGGAACUUCCCCAAUUGCAUCGGAGCUGUUGACGGCAAACACGUCAAAGUUAUAGCACCACAACAUUCCGGAUCCAUGUACUUCAAUUAUAAGCAUUAUUUU